CUUUUUGAUGUAACACAAACAUGGCAGCGUACGUAUGCACGAGAUAUUGUAUAAACAAAUUUAAAGACUCGAUUAGAUUUAUUCCGCGACGGUAUCGAGUUAAAACAAAAUGGGCAGCAACAAGGCCCAAGUUUCCAGCCACUGAACUUGCUCUGCACAACUUUGACACAAGCUACAGUAUACAAUUAAGGGACCUUUGGCCCUCUAUUCGCGUUGCAAUGCUGUGUGAACAAAAGCAUGGAGCACUGAUAAACAGCUUCUCUUCAGCACCCAAUGUAAUAAUAGAUUUAGAAGCUCGAGGAUGUAAAGACUUCAUCAGUAGGCCUAUUGACUGUUCCAGAAAUGAAGUCCAUCCAUCUUCACAGGACUCCACAACCUCACACAGAGAUUCAACCGUGCUGGAACCUGCUGCUUUUCAACCCAGUAUAAGUCCCGAUAUAAAAUGUCUUAUUUUCCCCCAAGGAGACAUAUCUAGAUUUAAACCAGCUAGACCUGACAGCAGUGGCAUAUUGGGAUAUUAUCUUCUGGAUGCUGCCUCAGUGCUGCCUGUACUAGCGCUGGACGUCCAGCCAGGACACACGGUACUGGAUCUAUGUGCAGCUCCAGGAGGGAAGACUCUUGCUCUCCUGCAGACACAUUCAGUCAAUUAUCUGUGGGCGAACGACCUGUCAGGUUCCCGCACUAUGCGAUUACGCAGGACUCUUCAGAGCUACCUGACUAAAGAGUUCCUGGAUGAAAACAAAAUCCACAUCACUUCCACUGAUGGUCGGCAGUUAGGCAUGACAGAGGAGAAAAGCUUUGACAGAGUGCUUGUAGAUGUUCCCUGCACCACUGACAGACACUCAGCAAUGGUGGAAGAGAACAAUAUUUUUAAGAGAUCCAGGACCAAAGAGAGACAGAAACUUCCCCUCUUGCAAACACAGCUGCUUCUAUGGUUUGCGCAACGCUUUUCUGACACUUUCCAUUUUGCGCCACAGUUAAGUGUAGGAGAGUUGGUUUUACCAUACCUGUGUGCCAACUUUGGACCAAUUUAUAUGUGUAAAUUGCAAAGAAUGAACUAGAUGGGCAUUCAGAUAUUGGCUCAACUGACAUCGUCACAGGUUUGUGAUUCAGUAGUGCCCCCUAGUGACCAGACAUGGAUUUUUUCAGCCUAUAAGACUGGCAUAAGGCAUUUAAUCAACCUUGAAACAUUUUACUGUUGU